AUGGGUGAGGAAGCACAACCAGGCUCAUCCAUGCACCAAAUCUUCUCCCCUCCCUCUUUUUCCUUCCCUCGCCUCGCCUGCCCUCCCCUGCCCUCCCCUUCCCUCCCCUGCCCUCCCCUUCUUUCCCCUUCCCUCCCCUGCCCUCCCCUUCCCUCCCCUUCCCUCCCCUGCCCUCCCCUUCCCUCUUCUGCCCUCCCCUCCCCUCCCCCCCCCCUCCCCCCCCCCGCUCCUCCCCCCCCUCCACUCCCCUGCCAGCCACAUGGAGCGGUGGGGCGUGCUAAGGGCAUGAGCAGCACCAUUCAACGGCACGCUGCACACCGCAGCGCUGCCCUCCAUAAUGAUGGACCACUACGACCUCCACCCCCACCUCCGCCCGCGCCUCAACUGCCGCACCCCGCCCCCUCCCCUCCCCUCCCCUGCGCGUCUCACUCUGCCCUCCUCUUCCCCCCCCCUCCCUGUGCCCCCAGCCACUUGGAGCGGCGGGACCUAGUGAGAGCAUCAGCAGCGCCAUUCAACCGCACACUGCACACGGCGGCCCUGCCCUCCAUAAUGCUCGACUACUACGAGCUCCACCCGCAGCUUGGCUCGCGCCUGCAGUGCCGCGGCCCGCCCUGCCCCAAGUUCGGCCACUGCGGGUCAUCCUUCCCGCACAUAGAAGCCUGCUGGAACGACCACCUGACGGACCCGCGCCCGCUCUUCCCCGCGGAUCCGCUCAACUGCCCGCGCGUGCAGCCCGUGGCGGACGUGGGGCGGCUGCGGCGGCCGUGGUACUUCAUCGACAAACCACCUUCACCACCCCAGCUUACACGCUACUCAAGGGACGUGCUCCACUGCCUUCACUGUAUCUCCCCCUGGGCUACUCCUAGGCGUGUACCCGUGAGGGGAAAGGGGGGGGUUCACUGGGACUACUGGCAGCCGGCAGCCACCCAUCUCGUCGCCGCGGCGUUGCCAUGCAUUCCUACAUUGCUCCGUCCCUAUAUUCCCACAUCCCUGCGUCUCCCCCAGGCGACACUCACGCCCAACAUGACGGUGUACCAUCUAAAGGAGGUGUUCAACUGGGACUACCGCCAGGCGGGCAACUUCUACCACUUCAUCAUCGAGGCCGUUCCGCUGCUCUACGCCGCCGCCCGCCUCCUGCCCUCGCUGCUGCCUGACAUCCCCAUCGCCGCCAAGAGCGACCAGGUAACAACGCACGCCCAUUCCACCGCCACCUUCUUCUCUGUCCUCCCUGCUCUGACUGUGCCGCUGCCCUGCUCCGUUGCCGCCCGCCUCCUGCCCUCGCUCCUGCCCUCGCUGCUGCCCUCGCUGCUGCCCUCGCUGCUGCCCUCGCUGCUGCCCUCGCUGCUGCCCUCGCUGCUGCCCGACAUCCCUAUUGCCGCCAAGAGUGACCAGCUGCUCUGCUCCGCCGCCCGCCUCCUACCGUUGCUGCCCGACAUCCCCAUCACCUCCUCGUUCACCCUCCCUGACCCUUCCUUCUGUUCCCCCCUCCCCCCCGACCUCCCAGUGGGAGGUUGGGAGGUGUACGACCAGAUAGGGCUGCCCAUAGUGGGCGUGCCUCGCGAGGACAUGUGGACCAUCCGAGUGCGCGCAUGGGAGAUCAUACACGCCGACACCAUGUACCAGCCCAUGGCGCAGACGUGUGGCGGCCCCAACAAGGCCCUUUGGACGCAUCUGAGGAGCCACCACCUGCUGCCGCCCGGCGGGCUGCCGCUCUUCCACCGCAACUGGACGCUGCGCUCCGUGCCGCCGCUCGCCGCCCAGGACAUGGCAGCGCUGCCGCCUAACUGGGUGGUGGUGCUGGGCAAGCGGCCGAUGGCGAAGCGCGCUCUGGUGAACUGGGACGGGCUGAGGGACGCGGUGUAUGAGAGCUUUGAGAGCUACGGGAGCCAACGCAUUGUGGUGUUCCAAGGGGACAUGCGCAUCAUGGAAGGUGACUUGGUGUGCUGGGCGCGGGGGGGUGGUGCGGAUGGGCAUGUGGGCAUGUCCAUAGUGCAUCCCACGUCCCGGGCUCUCUUCCGCCUGGCGCGACCCUUUGUGUCGGGCCACGGAGCUGCCUUUGCCAAUGUCAUCUUCAUGCCCGUCCCCCCUUCUGCCCCAACCUCCCGGGCUCUCUUCCGCCGCGCGCGUCUCUUUGUGUCGGGCCACGGGGCCGCCUUCGCCAAUGUCAUCUUCAUGCCGGCCAACGCCUCCAUCUACGAGAUCCGCCCGCGCAAGUGUUACAACGCCUGUUACAACAACCUGGCGCAUGCUUGCUCUGUGCGUUACCACCUCUCGUUCGGAGAUGGCACGUGCUAUUCGUCGUUGAAGGCCAACUUGACACAUGUGAGGGAGACUCUUUCCACAAUAGCGCAGAGAUUUAGAGACGAGGAUGCUGCGUUUGCUGAACAAUAA